AUGCUGGUGCAGCCACACUUUGCCUACCCGCCAGGCAAAGCGCCCGCGGUGCUGGAAAAGCUGGCAUCAGACAUCAGGGACGCAGAGGGCUACGUAAUGGUGAGCCCCGAGUACAACCACACGGUCCCCCCCGCGCUGUCCAACACGCUCUCACACUUUGGCGGCAGCCUCUACGCCUGGAAGCCCAGCGCGAUUUGCACCUAUUCGUCCGGCCAGUGGGGCGGCCAGCGCGCGGCGAUGGCGCUGCGGCCGAUGCUCUCAGAGCUGGGGUGCCUGCCGGUGUCCUCGAUAUUGGCAGUGCCGAAAGCACAGGAGGUGCUGGAUGCACACGGCGAAUUGCACCCCGGCCAGAGCGCGGGUGAAUGGGACGCGUACGCUGCGAAGACAUGGGUGCAGCUGGAGUGGCUGGGCAACGCCAUGCGCGCGUACAAGGCGGUGCAAGACCCCGCUGAGUACUCCCGGCCGAACCGGGCCAUGUCAGACCGCAGCUCGCCCGGCGUGUGA